GUUUCGUUAGACAGCAGUCAAUUUUAUUCAAGGAAGUAUGUAUCGUUGUUGCUUAAACUGAUUAAAAGGAAUUUCAAUCACAUAAUAUACAUCACGAAGGUGUGUGUUUCAGAUAUCACAGUAGAAGAAAUCAGGAGAAAUAUCACUUUCAACUCAGAGCAAAAUAACCCAGUUGCAGUCACAAGGGGCGUAUAACUCUAUAUCACAGUUGAAGAAAUCAAGAGAAAUAUCACUUUCAACUCAGUUGCAGUCACAAGGGGCGUAUAACUCUAAUAGGCGAAAUAGCUGCUCACCAAAGUGAUCAUACAUCAGAUGUACUUGCAACAUUGUCACCCCUGGAAAUGAAUGAAACUAUAAUUAAAGAUGCUAGGAGUGGAAAUUAUAAACGUAUUAUACAUCUGAUAGACGAAUGUGCUGAUUUACCGUUACAGUAUAUAGAUGAUGAACAUAACAAUCUAUUAAAUAUAGUUUUAUAUAGUUACCGAUCACACACCUAUCAAGAUGACAGGGACGAGUUGUUACAAUGUGUAAUUAAAUUAGUUGAAGCUGGUGUAGAUGUGAACCAUCUGAAUAAAGAUAAACAAACACCUGUAUCUAUAGCUGCUAGGAAAGGAUUGUCUAAAAUUGUUAUUUAUCUGAUAGAUCAUGGUGUUGAUAUAGAGUAUAUAGAUGAUGAACAUAACAAUCUAUUACACUUAGUUUUAGAUAGUUACCGAUCAUACCACCCUGGAACUAAAGACGAGUUGUUACAGUAUGUAAUUAAAUUAGUUGAAGCUGGUGUAGAUGUGAACCAUCUGAAUAAAGAUAAACAAACACCUGUAUCUAUAGCUGCUAGGAAAGAAUUGUCUAAAAUUGUUAUUUAUCUGAUAUUUCAUGGUGUUGAUAUAGAGUAUAUAGAUGAUGAACAUAACAAUCUAUUACACUUAGUUUUAGAUAGUUACCGAUCAUACCACCCUGGAACUAAAGACGAGUUGUUACAGUAUGUAAUUCAAUUAGUUGAAGCUGGUGUAGAUGUCAACCAUCUGAAUCAAGACCAACAAACACCUAUAUCUGUAGCUGCUAGGAAAGGAUUGUAUAACAUUGUUUUAUAUCUGAUAGAUCAUUGUGUUGAUAUACAGUAUACUGAUAGGGAACAGAAUAAUUUCUUACACUUAGUUUUAUCUAGUGCAGAGAAAUAUGGUGGAAGAGAAAGAGAUGAGUUGUUACAGUGUGUAAUAAAAUUGGUUCAAGCCGGUGUAGAUGUAAACCAUCUGAAUGAAGAGCAACAAACACCUAUAGAUGUAGCUGCUAGGCACGGGUUGUAUAACAUUUUUAUAUAUCUGAUAGAUUAUUGUGUUGGUAUACAGUAUACUGGUAGGGAACAGAAUAAUGCCUUACACUUAGUUUUAUAUAGUGCAAGGACAUAUGAUGAAAUAGAAGAAGAUGGGUUGUUACAGUGUGUAAUUAAAUUGGUUCAAGCCGGUGUAGAUGUUAACCAUAUGAAUAGAUAUGAACUAACACCUAUACAUAUAGCUGUUUUGAGAGGAUUGUAUAACAAUGUUUUAUAUCUGAUAGAUCAUUGUGUUGAUAUACAGUAUACUAAUAGGAAACAGAAUAAUUUCUUACACUUAGUUUUAUCUAGUGCAGAGGAAUAUGGUGGAAGAGAAAGAGAUGAGUUGUUACAGUGUGUAAUAAAAUUAGUUAAAGCUGGGGUAGAUGUAAACCAUCUGAAUGAAGAGCAACAAACACCUAUAGAUGUAGCUGCUAGGCACGGGUUGUAUAACAUUUUUAUAUAUCUGAUAGAUUAUUGUGUUGGUAUACAGUAUACUGAUAGGGUACAGAAUAAUGUCUUACACUUAGUUUUAUAUAGUGCAAGGACAUAUGAUGAAAUAGAAGAAGAUGGGUUGUUACAGUAUGUAAUUAAAUUAGUUAAAGCUGGGGUAGAUGUAAACCAUCUGAAUGAAGAGCAACAAACACCUAUAGAUGUAGCUGCUAUACACGGGUUGUAUAACAUUUUUAUAUAUCUGAUAGAUUAUUGUGUUGGUAUACAGUAUACUGAUAGGGUACAGAAUAAUGUCUUACACUUAGUUUUAUAUAGUGCAAGGACAUAUGAUGAAAUAGAAGAAGAUGGGUUGUUACAGUAUGUAAUUAAAUUAGUUAAAGCCGGUGUAGAUGUAAACCAUCUGAAUAGAUAUGAACAAACACCUUUACAUAUAGCUGUUGGGUGCAGAUUGUAUAACAUUGUUUUAUAUCUGAUAGAUCAUUGUGUUGAUAUACAGUAUACUGAUAGGGAACAGAAUAAUUUCUUACACUUAGUUUUAUAUAGUGCAGGGAGAUAUGGUGGAAGAGAAAAAGAUGAAGUGUUACAGUGUGUAAUAAAAUUAGUUAAAGCUGGGGUAGAUGUAAACCAUCUGAAUCAAGACCAACAAACACCUAUAUCUGUAGCUGCUAGGGAAGGAUUGUAUAACAUUGUUUUAUAUCUGAUAGAUCAUUGUGUUGGUAUACAGUAUACUGAUAGGGAACAGAAUAAUUUCUUACACUUAGUUUUAUAUAGUGCAGGGAGAUAUGGUGAAAUAGAAAGUGAUGAGUUGUUACAGUGUGUAAUUAAAUUGGUUCAAGCCGGUGUAGAUGUUAACCAUCUGAAUAGAUAUGAACAAACACCUAUACAUAUAGCUGUUUGGAGAGGAUUUUAUAACAUUGUUUUAUAUCUGAUAGAUCAUUGUGUUGGUAUACAGUAUACUGAUAGGGAACAGAAUAAUGUCUUACACUUAGUUUUAUAUUGUGCAGGGAGAUAUGGUGGAAGAGAAAAAGAUGAAGUGUUACAGUGUGUAAUUAAAUUAGUUAAAGCUGGUGUAGAUGUCAACCAUCUGAAUGAAGAACAACAAACACCUAUAUCUGUAGCUGCUAGGAAAGGAUUGUAUAACAUUGUUUUAUAUCUGAUAGAUCAUUGUGUUGGUAUACAGUAUACUGAUAGGGAACAGAAUAAUUUCUUACACUUAGUUUUAUCUAGUGCAGAGGAAUAUGGUGGAAGAGAAAGAGAUGAUGGGUUGUUACAGUGUGUAAUUAAAUUGGUUCAAGCCGGUGUAGAUGUUAACCAUAUGAAUGAAGACCAACAAACACCUAUACAUAUAGCUGCUAGGAAAGGAUUGUAUAACAAUGUUUUAUAUCUGAUAGAUCAUUGUGUUGAUAUACAGUAUACUGAUAGGGAACAGAAUAAUUUCUUACACUUAGUUUUAUAUAGUGCAGGGAGAUAUGGUGGAAGAGAAAAAGAUGAAGUGUUACAGUGUGUAAUUAAAUUAGUUAAAGCUGGUGUAGAUGUCAACCAUCUGAAUGAAGAACAACAAACACCUAUAUUUAUAGCUGCAACUAACGGAUGGUAUAAUGUUGUAAUGUAUUUGUUAGGACAUGGGGCACAUGUACAUUAUAUUGAUGAAUAUGACCAGAAUAUUCUGCACCAUGUAUUGAUUAGUAUAUACGAUAUCCGCGUAGACCAGUAUUCAGACGAGGAAGAGGUAGACCCUAUAUUAUAUAAUAUGCACCGUAUUAACGGGGAAGAUGUAGACGAGUAUACAGACGAUUGUAUUAAGGUUGUUAAAACUUUGAUAAACAUGGGAGUAGAUGUAAACAAACCCGAUAAAGAUGGUAACACUCCACUGUUCAUUAUAACCCCCACCCCAUUCCCGGAAAACCCAUUAAAACAUAUAUUGUUCAGAUUACAAUAUAAUUUGAUUACUGCAUUCUACAAUGCUGGCUGUAAUGUGAAUCAUCAAAAUAAAAAAGGACAAACGCCAUUAAUGUACUGUACAAGAGGGCAAGCCGUUAUCCGUAUCUUAAAACUGAUGAUUCAACAUUCUGAUGUAAAUCUGACAGAUAAUAAUGGUGAUACAGCGUGUAGUUAUUGUGUUCAAUAUCACGUGUUAAAUUCUACUAAUAUAUUUAAACUUUAUUCUCGCGAUGUACUGAUAUCACCUAACAAUGGAGUGAAAUUAUUUCACCAGAUUCUUACUUGUAAGAGGUUGGGGCUGUUCAAUUAUUAUAUGAGAUUACAGAUGAUUGUUAAUGGUGUUACAACAGAAGGAGAAAAUAUGCUACAUCUGUUAGCUAGAGUAAACUAUGAUUAUUCUUUAGACAAGUUUAACUGGUUGUUUAAUAAAAAGCUAGACAUAAACCAUCCAUGUUCUAAAACCAAUACACCUAUUAUGAUAGCCGCCCUGUUAUUGAAUAGUAAAUAUUUAGAACUAUUCACACGUCAUCCUAGACUAGACAUCAAUGCACAGAAUAAACAGGGUUGCACAGCACUUCAUCUGUGUAUCAUUGGAUUUACUAUGGUUAAAGAUGACUUGAAUAACAGACAGAAAAAUGACGUAGUUGAGGAUUACUGUAGACAGAUAUAUCCAAUAUACAUGGAGUGUGUUGAUAUUUUACUGGCUGUUUGUAUAAACGUAAAUACUCAAGAUGGAAGAGGUAGAACUGCUUUAAUGAUGGCGACAAUGAAAAACGAUAGAUUUCUUAUACGGAAAUUACUUAAUGCUGGUGCACUGGUUAAUUACAGUGGAAAAUCUGCUUUACAUCAUCUUGAUAUUUAUGAGAGUGUGUUUGAUCUAAGUUUUAAAUUACUUGUAUCUGCGGGAGAUAAUAUGCUUCUCAAUUUACCAUGUAUUAAUGGUACCACACUGAUCCAAGCGACCUUGUGUUUUCCACGUUGUUGGGAUCCACUUACGGCUGUUAGUUUUAUUAAAUAUUUAGUCGGUGAAAACUGCUGUCUCCAGUCUCUUGUUACAUCUUCAGUUGAAAGUAGUUAUAACCAGAUUGAUAUGAGAGAACUUAGCAGUCAAGAGAGAGGUAAACUGAGAAAACUUUUAUAUCUUAGUGGAGCUCCUGAAAACCAAAUAGUAGCAACUUUAAAUUUUGAGAAGGAAGAUACAAAUAUAGAGAGAGAUGACAUGAGAAGACUAUUAUGUCUUAGAGGGUCAUCAGAAGAAGAAAUAGUACAACAAUUAAAUUUCCAGGAAGAAGACAAAGAUGAUCGAGAUGCUACAUUCCACUCACGACACCGAGUGAUAUUCACUAAGUACUGUUGUAAUAUAUCUCUCAAGUCUCAGUGUAGGAGAAUCAUCAGACAGAAGCUAGGAUUGGGUAUAAAGGAGAAGGUUAUGGAUCUAGAACUGCCUAGAGAAUUAAACGACUUUCUCCUGUUAAAAGAUGUUCUUCAUCCUAAAGAUUACAACAUAGAUAAUAUUGAUGAUGGUUGUAAUGAUUUUGAUGAUGAUGAUGGUUAUGGUGGGUAUGAUAGAGCUAAAGAUAGAGAUGAUGAUUAUAGUCGAUAUAACUACCAGUAUUUUACCCUACCUACUGAUCAUGUGCUUAGACAAAUGUGUAUUCAAGCCCGGAAAUAUCCCAAUGGCAGAUACUGGUAUGAAAUUUAACGUGAAGAUGUCGAGGUCAUAAUUAUGUGUUUUUGUAUAUUUUAUAAAUAUUUGCUUUCUGUUGACGUUAUAGUUGUUACUGGAAGGUGAUGAUUAUAGUCAGAUUAAUUAACUGUAUUUAUAACUUAUAUCUACUAGUAAAAUCCAUAAUCCAUAAAAUAAAUUGCACUGUGAUUAUCAUUCAGUAAGGUAUUCUGGGUGUAUGUAGUUUAGCUUUAGUUUAGCUAAUUUUAAUAUUCUUCAGAGUUUAUGAAUGGAUAUAAAGGAGAAUUCAAUGAUUUCCUUCUAUAAAGAAUAUAACAUGUACUAUAUUAAUUGAUGAUGAUGAUAAUGAUGAUGAUGAUGAUGAUGAUGAUGAUAAAUAUUAUUUAUAGCCCGUAUUUAUGGUGCAUUAGCUUAAAAUCGAUGCUUUAGGCUAGCGUAUUGGCAGCUCAAUUAGAUCGAUAUAUAGAUCAUCAUCAUCAUUAUUAUUUAUAGCACUUAUGUAUUGUCCCUGUAUAUAAAAUAUAUUCUGUCAUGUUUAUAAAUAUAUAUUGCUCUUGUAAUUUUGUAUAUAAAAUAUAUUCUGAAAACGUU